GGUUGAGUUUCAAGGCAACCGACGGCGUUGAGGUGGAUGAGAGGAGAAGGAAUAAUUCAGUUUUGAAGUGAGAUUGAGCGGGCAGAGAGAUGGGUGUUAUCGGGGUUCAGCUGGUUGUGAGUCUGCUGAUGGCGACCCUGAUGCAGAGAUUAGCACCUCAUUACUCCGUAGGUCGCUGGUUGCUCUGUAAUGGGAGCCUUUUCCGAUAUAAACACCCAUCAGAUGAAGAACUCCGCGCCUUGGCUGGAAAGCAGAAACCCAAACUGAAGAGAGACAGGAGACAAAAUGGUGUGACAGAAUCCAAACCAGAGACAGUGCCCAAGGACAUCAACCUUUAUCUGGAAGCGAAGCCUAUCACUCCACUUGACGCCCUGGCCCUGCGCUACUUCCUGGACUACCUGUGGCUGAUGGAUUUUGUCUUGUAUGCGACUCUGGUUUACAUAUUUACUGAGGCCUACUACAGCCAGCUGACUGUCCAGGGAGAGGUGAAUGUCGGUGUGCUCUGGUGCCUGCUCACAUUAGCCUUUAGCAUUAAAGUUCUCUUCUCUCUGAUGACACAUUACUUCAGGACAGAGGAAGGAGGCGAGCGCUCUGUCUGCCUGACCUUUGCGUUCCUCUUUGUCCUCAUUGCUAUGCUGGUCCUGGUCGUGCGGGAGGAUUAUCUGGAGUUCGGCCUUGAGCCUGGUUUUGCCAACUUGUAUGAAAAUGUGGAGGUCUUUCUAAAGCAACAGGGAGUGGACAUCUGGCCCUACUCAGUCUCAAGACUCAUCUUUAAGCUUGUACUAGUUGGGUUUUCAUCAUUUAUUGGAGCAUGUUUAACCUUCCCGGGCCUCCGACUAGCACAGACCCAUUUAGAUGCUCUCAAGAUGACUGCAGACAAGCCUCUCAUUCAGAUCCUCCUUCAGGCCAACUUCCUGUCUCCCAUCAUUGUGUUGUUGCUGUGGGUUAAACCCAUCACCAGGGACUUUGUGAUGAAAACUCCACUUGGAAAAGAGCACAUACAGCUGAUGUCAGACACAAUGUACAACAGCAUGCGUCUGUGGAUAAUCAUCGCCCUCUGCACACUGCGCCUGACCAUGACCCGCUACCACCUGCAGGCAUAUCUGAACCUGGCAGAAAAGUGGGUGGACCUAAUGAAGAAGGAAGCUGGAAACAUCCCCAUGAUUGAAAUUCAGAGGAAGGUUUCCCAAGUUUUUUGCUACCUGUGUGUAGUCACUGUACAGUACCUUGGCCCUGUAAUCCUGCUUCUGCACUCCACUCUGCUGCUGAAAGUGCUGGGUGAUUACUCUUGGGGCUGUUACCCAGAAGCCCCUCAAGUGUCUCCGGCUCUGGAUGUUCCCUCGGAAUUCUCCGGAACAGCCCCCAAUGAGGAGGAGCGAUAUGAAGUGGCUGUCUCUCAGAUCAAAGCAUUCCUGAGCACAAUCUGUCGUGUUUUCACGCCCAUGUUUUACCGGGGCAUCUUCUCCUUCAUCAUCUGGUGGUUAGCAGCCUGUCAAGUGGUGACGAACCUGUUUGGCCUUUACUUCCAUCAGUACAUGGUGACCUCAUAGGGAAAUGGGGACUGGGAUAGGAGAGUGAAGCACAUUGAAAAGUAUUGAAUCUUCUACCAUGUUGGAGAACAAGUGAAUAACGAUGAGUCCACAAAGAUUUCCUUUAAUGUUCACUUUUCAUUAUCCACUCCAGCUCCACACGUCUAAAUCUUACCCAGCUUUUUUUUGGCCAAAUGUGCUGACUUCCACAGAGGACUAGCUGUUUGCAGGCUCGCUGCUGCACGUCUGUGAAGCUGCACAAGAUGCAGGGGGAGAGUAGAAUAAGCUAGCAGGAGGUAAAUUGUUGGUAUCCUUUGUCACAAACAUUAUGGUCGCGUAUCUGAAGGGUAGGGAUCAGUUAGCUCAGUUGGCUGGACGGCUGUUUUGCAAUGCAGAGCAAUGUCACUGGGUUCAAUUCUGGCACCAGCUGAGGUUACCAUGAAGGACUGUCCUUCUUAACCUCUCCCCUCACCUGAGGUGGUGCUUCUCAGGUUAAACACCCACCAGUCAUUCUCUCUGUAAUGAGAGAGCCACCAUAUGGUCCUCUGGGACACUGGUAACUGUGUGAAGGACAAUUGAGUAGUUUUUAAUUUUACAUCAAUUAUUUGCAGUCUAUAAAUUGGGAAACCUUUCCCAGUGCCCCUUUUCAUUCUCCCUGUGCCUUCACUGCCAGAGGGGGAAAUGUCCAAAUUACUCAUAAGCAGAGUUAUCUUAGAGUGGAAAGUUGAAAGAUGAUGUUUAGAAGAUCAUAGAAUCCCCACAGGGUGGAAACAGGCCCUUCGGCCCAACAAGUCCACACUGACUCUCAGAGCAUCCCACCCAGACCCAUCCUCCGAUAACCCACCUAAUCUAUACAUCUCUCAACAGUAUGGGCAACUCUCCAUGGCCAAUCCACCUAGCCUACACAUCUUUGGACUGUGGGAGGAAACCCACGCAAACAGAAUGUGCAAACUCCACACAGACAGUCCCCAGAGGCUGGAAUUGAACCCUGGUCCCUGUCGCUGUGAGGCAGCAGUGCUAAUCACUGUGCCACCGUACCACCCUGUACUUUACAAUACAUCGCUGUGAAGAAAUAGAAAUGAACAUAGGGAUGAAAAUCCCUGCUGUGGGAUGGGGUGCAGCUCACACUGGCGUUUGAAAAAAGAUCACAAUUUUUCACAUUACCAAAAUAAUUAAGCAAAUUGAGAGAGAUCUGUUUGUGUUUAAAACCUUUCCAACCCUCCUCUCCCUAUCAGGUGCGAUGGUCACUUUUACUGAUACUGUCAUGGACAGAUGUAACUGCAGCUGGCAGAUUGUAAGGGUGAGGUCAAGUAUGCUUUUCCCUCUUAUUGGUUCCCUCACCACCUGCCACAGACCCAGUCUAGCAGCUCUGUCCUUUAGGACCCGACCAGCUCGGUCAGUAGCACUGCUGCCGAGCCACUCUUCGUGGUGGACAUUGAAAUCCCCCACCCAGAGUACACUCUGUGCCCUUGCCAUCCUCAGUGCUUCCUCUGAGUGUUGUUCAACACCGAGGAGUACGGAUUCAUCAGCUGAGGGAGGACGGUGUGUGGUAAUCAGCAGGAGGUUUCCUUGUCCAUGUUUAACCUGAAGCCAUCAGACUUAAUGGGGUCCGGAGUCAAUGUUGAGGACUCCCAGAGUAACUCCCUCCCAACUGUAUACCACUGUGCCACCCCCUCUGCUGGGUCUGUCCUGCCAGUGGGACAGAUAUAUCCAGGAGCAGUGAUGGUGCUGAAUGGGGCAUUGUCUGUAAGGUAUGGUUCUGUGAGUAUGACUAUGUCAGGCUGUUUCUCUCCCAGUUUUGGCACAAGACCCCAGAUGUCAGUGAGGAGGACUUUGCAGGGUCAACAGGGCUGUUUCUGCCGUUGUCUUUUGCAGUGCCUAGGUCGCUGCCGGGUGAUCCAUCAGGUUUCAUUUCUUUGAGACUUUGUAGCAAUCACAAAAACCGAACAGCUUGCUGGCCCUUUUCAGAGGGCAGUUGAGAGUCAACCACGUUCCUGGGUGUUGGAGUCACAUGUAGGCCAGACCAGGUGAGGAUGGCAGAUUUCCUUUCCUCAAGGGCAUUUGUGAACCAGAUGGGUUUUUCCUGACAGUUGACAAUGAUUUCAUGGUGAUUAGUAGAUUCUUAAUUCCAGUUUUUUUUAAAAAGGGCAUUCAAAUUCCACCACCUACCAUGGUGGGAUUCGAACCGAGGUCCUCAGAACAUUAGUUGAUUUUCUGGAUUAAUAGUCAGGAGAUAAUAUCACUAGGCCAUUGCCUACCCUUUGUGGAAUUUCUACAGUGCAGAAGCAGGCCAUUCAGCCAUUGAGUCCAUACCAACCUGCCGAGGAUCAUCCCACCCAGACCCACAUUUCCCAUGGCAAAUUCACAUAGCCUACUCAUCCUUGUACACUAUGAAGCAAUUUAGCAUGGUCACUCUACCUAGCCUGCACAUCUUUGGACUGUGGGAGGAAACUGGAAACUGUGGAAAUCCACACAGACACGAGGAGAAUGUGCGAACGCCACCCAGGCAGUUGCCCGAAGGUGGAAUUGAACUGGGUCCCUGGCGCUGUGAGGCAGCAGUGCUGACCACUGAGUCUCCAUGCUGCCAUGAUUAGAAUGCCAUUGUGAGGUGCUGGCUAUUCAAAAUGACCAAAAGCAUUAUGAGGAAGUUAUUUUACUGAUGAGGAAGUGUUGAAGUCGCCAGUAAGUCUCUGAAUGAGGGAAUGGCAGAGAGGCGUGAUUGCAGCUCAUUUUGAUCAAUUGACAGCAAGCCAGCGUAAGCUGCCUGCCUUCUGAAUGGGUGGAUAUGGAAGUGAAGUCUGAGCUGAAGGUUGUGGUAGCUAUUUAAGCAUAAAGCAUCUUCUGCAGCACCAUUCACAAUUCUGGGGCAUCCAACUUGGCUUUACAAUCUACUAAGAAGUUCUGAAUUGUGGACAAAGUAAAAAAAGCUGCUGCCACUGUGCACACAGAAUAUUCCCAAAAAUAAUGAUGUGAUGACUAUCAAAUAAUUUGUUCGUUGGUGUCAAGUGAGGGAUAGGUAUUGUCUGAGGGAAAACUCUCCUGCUCCUUGCCAUGGGAUCUUUCACAUCCCCUCUUCUGAAUAUUGGCGCCUCCAACAGUGCAACGCUCCCUCAGUAAUACAGCAGGAGGGUCAGCUGAGAUCUUGUGCUCAGGUUUCUGCAUUUGGACUUAAACCCCACAAUAUUUGGCCUGAAAGGAUCCCCAGCACAGAGUUACUCAGGCUGAUGGUGAAGAUGGAGAGCAGCCCUCAUGGUGUUUGGCACGUGAGCAGAUGAAUCACUAACAAACUCCUCACGUUGCCACCUUUCUUUUGUCAUCAACAGAUGUAGAUAUCAGCCAUUGCAAAACCAACACGAUGUAGUGUUCAAAGCAAAACAAUGUGGACACUGGAAAUCUGAAAUAGAAAGCACUGGAGAAACGCAGCAGGUCUUGCAGCAUCUGUAGAGACUAAACUAAAGUUAAUAUUCCAAGCCAAACUGAAUUGAGUUUCUCUCUCAACGUGCUGUCAGACCUGCUGAGUUUCUCCAGUAGUUUCUGUUUAAGUUUUCAGAUAUUAAUCAUGUGGCUGAUUUUUAGAAAGUGUUUUAAAAACUGAGUUAAAAAUGGUGUUUUUGAACCUGUGUAUGUAUAGUUAGUCUAAAACAAAGAAAUGAAUUGUCUGUCUUACAGCAUGAGAUGAAAUCACUUUAUGAAUGUGUUAAAUUAGUUGUUACAAAACAAUGACCUCUGCUGAAAACAUAACUUGUAGGUGCCUGCACUAAACAUUACUUUCCAUACACUUCAUAGCAAAGGGACCUGGUGUCCCCAUCAAACACUCCCAGGGCAGGUACAGUACAGGGUUAAAUACAGAGUGAAGCUCUAUCUACACUGUCCCCCAUCAAACACUCCCAGGACAGGUACAGUACAGGGUUAGAUACAGAGUGAAGCUCUAUCUACACUGUCCCCCAUCAAACACUCCCAGGACAGGUACAGUACAAGGUUAGAUACAGAUUAGAGCUCCAAUGAUGCUGCCCCCUGAUCAAACUGUCCCAGGGAAGGUUCGUCACACGAUUAGAUUCUAAGCAAAGCUCUCUCUGUGCUGUCUUAACAAUGUACAUGAACCAGAAUUCUGUACUGAGGCAACCCAAACUCGUUUUGUGUUGGACAUUUCCUGACGGGAGCUCUAUCAUAACAGCAUCAUAAGGUUUUUUAUUGUUGAAAAAGUAACUGAAAUUGUGACCAUUAAAUAAGGCAUCCUCACCCUGUUUUGUAUCAGCCUCCUCCAUCUCUCCCUCACGCUUUUCUCAUACCAUUUACUCCUGCAACCUUUUCUCUUCUCAGCCCUUCUCCACUAUUAUCCCCACACUCACAACUCCAUUUCCCAAAUUAAAAGACAUGGUCGAGGCAGUUGCCAUAAUUGUAAAUCCUCACACCUCUCACACCCCCUUUUAUUGUGGCUAACUGUAAAUUGCUUUCAGUUAGGACCCAGAAAACCAUCUGAUCUAGGUCCCUUGGCGACAUUUUUUUGUGUUUCUCCCAGCCUGUGUGCAAAAGACUGACUCCAGCCUUUAAUUUGUGUCUGGGGCACAUGCUGCUUUAGGGAUACUGGCCCCUGCAGACUCCCAGGAGACUCCUAAUUCACUGAUCUGUCUGAUUCCACUCAAAUGACUUAAUUAUUAAGCUGUAUGCGUUAAAGGGCCAGUCCAUCUCAACCAGAUAUGAAUUAAACACAUGAAGCUGGUUUGCUAUUCAUUUCCUGAAGCCAAAUUUCAAUCUUCAGACUUAAAUAUCAUUAACAUAGUACUGCUGUGCACUGAUAUGGUAAGUGAGAAUGUUGUAUUUAGAUUUUUUAAUCUGCAUGUGAAGACGUAUUAUGAUACAUGCGUGGGGUUAGGUGGGACUUGAACCCAGACCUUCUGUCCCAGAUGUAGGAACAUUAUGACAGAGCCAUAAAAGUAUUUGCAGGUCAGAGAUAAUGGGAACUGCAGAUGCUGGAGAAUUUUCUGAAGGGUCUAGGCCCGAAAUGUCAGCUUUUCUGCUCCUAAGGUGCUGCUUGGCCUGCUGUGUUCAUCCAGCUUCACACUUUGUUAUCAAAGUAUUUGCCGCUGUCGUAUUUAACACUCUGGCUAAGAGCAUGACGAGAGAGGAGUGGGGCCCAAACAGAAUUCCUGCUUCUGAUCGCCAUCUGGUGUUAGAAAAGAUUGUGCACACAUCAGGUCAAGAUUGGAUUGUGUUUGUGCUGUGAUGCCUUUACUGUCAAAUAGCCUGCUGAAACUCUGACUGCUGAAUAGCAAUAUGUUGAAGGCCUUACCAGAGACCAAAAAUGGUGCCUUUGGAAAAUAAGCCAGUGCCUUUAAGUGAUAAUGGGAACUGCAGAUGCUGGAGAAUCCAAGAUAAUAAAAUGUG